AAGCUAACAACUUUUUAAGACACAGAGGGGACUCUCUAGUCUCUAGUGAAUCGUAAUAGAGAGAGAGAUGUCAGCCAUUGUUUGUGUUUAUUGUUCUUCUGGCCUUCUCUGCAGUGCCAGAGAAUCAGUGAGCAAUGGAGCUCCUCUGUUUCAGAACAGAGAGAAAAGGCAAGUGGCUGCAUUUGUCACUAGGGGCAUUAAACCAAAUGGGUUCCUUUCUACUUCAGCUCAAAAAUUCAGAACAAUCAAGGCCAUGGCUUCUCCAACUGUUUCAUCUCCCAAACGAGAAAAGGAUCCGAAAAAGAGAAUCGUGGUAACAGGAAUGGGCCUUGCUUCUGUUUUUGGCAGUGAAAUUGAUACAUUCUACAACAAGCUUCUUGAGGGAGAGAGUGGGAUUGGCCUAAUUGACCGGUUUGAUGCUUCUGAAUUCUCCGUUCGGUUUGCUGCUCAGAUUCGUGAUUUUUCUUCCGAGGGCUACAUUGAUGGGAAGAACGAUCGCCGCCUCGAUGACUGCUGGAGAUACUGUCUGGUUGCUGGGAAGAGAGCUCUUGAAGGUGCCAAUUUGGGGCCUAAAUCUCUUGAAACUAUGGACCGAUCGAAGAUUGGAGUACUGGUGGGAACGGGCAUGGGAGGCCUAGCAACUUUCAGCAAUGGUGUGGAAGCUCUUAUUUCAAAGGGAUAUAAGAAGAUAACUCCAUUUUUCAUUCCUUAUUCCAUCUCCAAUAUGGGAGCAGCAUUGCUGGCUAUAGACACAGGCUUAAUGGGGCCUAAUUACUCCAUUUCAACAGCAUGUGCAACUGCAAACUACUGCUUUUAUGCUGCAGCAAAUCACAUUAGGAGAGGUGAAGCAGAUGUCAUGGUAGCCGGUGGAACUGAAGCUGCGAUUUUGCCUACUGGGGUUGGUGGCUUCAUAGCUUGCCGGGCUUUGUCUCAAAGAAACGACAAACCCCAGAAAGCCUCGAGACCAUGGGAUAGGGAUCGUGAUGGUUUUGUCAUGGGAGAAGGCUCUGGUGUGCUGAUUAUGGAGAGCUUGGAGCAUGCAAUGAAAAGAGAAGCUAAAGUUAUUGCAGAGUACUUGGGUGGUGCUGUGACGUGCGAUGCUCAUCACAUGACCGAUCCUCGCUCCGAUGGCCUUGGGGUUUCAACUUGCAUAACAAAGAGUUUGGCAGAUGCCAGAGUUUCCCCCGAAGAGGUGAACUAUGUGAAUGCUCACGCAACAUCAACUCUUGCAGGGGACUUGGCUGAGGUUAAUGCCAUUAAGAAGGUCUUCAAGGAUACAUCUGAGAUGAAGAUGAAUGCGACGAAGUCAAUGAUUGGACAUUGCCUGGGGGCUGCUGGUGGACUGGAAGCCAUAGCAACUAUAAAAGCAAUCACAACUGGCUGGCUACAUCCAACAAUAAACCAAGAUAACUUGGAGCCUGAGGUUACGAUUGAUACUGUCCCAAACGUAAAGAAAAAACAUGAAGUUAAUGCUGCCAUCUCUAAUUCAUUCGGAUUUGGCGGGCACAAUUCUGUUGUUGUUUUCGCUCCCUUCGCACCCUAAGCAAAGCUCAGAGUGGGGUUUUUAUAUAAUGUCUACAUUUAUGGAUAUUUUUUGCUUUGUUUAGGAGGAUUUCUUGUCUCCUUUCAGUGUAAUUCCUCAUCCUUAUCUUUUAUGUAUCUUCUAUUUUCUAUCCCCCGCCAAAAAAAAUAAAAAGAUUGCUUUUCAAAACAUAAAA